AUGUUUGGUGCCAGCGACAGGAAUUAUGCCCCAUUGUUGGUGUCAGUGGAUGUUAUAGAGCCCAAAGAGCCAGGUCAGAGCAAACCUGAUGGACGUAGUGGAUGCGUCACAGAAGAGUCUCCAUCCUUGACCUAUGCGGUGGACACCACAGGAAGCAUGUAUGAUGACUUUACAGAACUGAAGAAAGUGAACACCUGGCUUCUGGAACGUGUGGCUCUUAAAUUUCCAUGCAGUUUCCGGCAGUACACUAUGGUGGAGUUCAAUGAUCCUGAUGUGGGACCCGUCAGGAUCACUGACAAAAUGGCAGAAUUUGGCUCUUUCUUUAACAAUCUGGAAGCCAUAGAUGGUGGAGACUGUCCAGAAUUGUCAAUGACAGGAGUCAAGUUGGCUCUCCAGUCCUCCCCCCACAUGUCAUUCAUCAUCGUACUAACAGAUGCUUCAUCUAAAGAUUAUACAAACGCAACUUUGAUGAAUGAAGUCAUAACGCUGAUAGAUACCACAAAGUCCCAGGUCCUUUUCCUCACCACUGGAAUUUGUGUAAGUGAGAUCUCUCCCGAUUACACCAUAUACAGGAAUGUCUCCUCGCGAAGCUUCGGACACGUCUUCAGACUUACCAUUCCUGAUCUGAAUAAAGCAUUUCAUUACUUGGAUUACACCCUUUCAAUGGCACUUAACAGUUCAAAGCGUCUCUACUCUGGAGACUUUACUGACCUUGUUCACAGCAAAUCUUUUUCAGUCAAUGAUAUUUUCUGGACACUAAUGAUCACCACAGAUGGUCGGAUUAACUCUUUUGAAUUUGUAGGACCUGCCGGUUCUGUUCUUGCCCUGGAGGAACUGGUGUCAGAGCACUGGGGUUCUAUGCAUCUCUUCAAAAAUCCCAUCAAAGGAAAUUAUCGUAUUAAUAUAAAUGCAGGAGGCGUCCACGCCAUUCGCAUACAAGGAUUCUCAGGUGAUGGUGGUUCAGGUGAUGGUGGCCCAGGUGAUGGUGGUUCAGGUGAUGGUGUAUCGGGUGAUGGUGGCCCAGGUGAUGGUGGUUCAGGUGAUGGUGGCCCAGGUGAUGCUGGAUCAGGUGAUGGUGCCCAGGUGAUGCUGGAUCAAGUGAUGGUGGUUCAGAUGAUGGUGGUUCAGGUGAAUGUGGUUCAGGUGAUGGUGGUUCAGGUGAUGGUGGUUCAGGUGAUGGUGGUUCAGGUGAUGGUGGUUCAUGGCCCAGGUGAUGGUGGUUCAGGUGAUGGUGGCCCAGGUGAUGGUGGUUCAGGUGGUGGUGGUGGCCCAGGUGAUGGUGGUUCAGGUGAUGGUGGCCCAGGUGAUGGUGGUUCAGGUGAUGGUGGCCCAGGUGAUGGUGGUUCAGGUGAUGGUGGCCCAGGUGAUGGUGGUUCAGGUGAUGGUGGCCCAGGUGAUGGUGGUUCAGGUGAUGGUGGUUCAGGUGAUGGUGGUUCAGGUGAUGGUGGCCCAGGUGACGGUGGUUCAGGUGAUGGUGGUUCAGGUGAUGGUGGUUCAGGUGUUGGUGGUUCAGGUGAUGGUGGUUCAGAUUGCACAGAUUGUCACCCUAAUGCUAAGUGUGAGAAAUAUGCUGAGUACGAGAAAUGUGUCUGCAUGGACGGCUACAUUGGAGAUGGAAAUGACUGUACUGACAUUGAUGAGUGCGCCUACCCUUGGACACACAGCUGUCCUGAGGGCAUUUGUGAGAACACUGAUGGCUCUUAUAUCUGCCGCUGUCCAAAUGGUGGCAUCGCUUUAAAUGGUACCUGCAAAGUUAUCAGUUGUGACAAUCCCAUCCCGAACAAUUGUCAUCGUUUCGCAAAAUGCACUGAUAACAUUCAUGGAUAUACCUGUAAGUGUCACGAUGGUUACUACGGGGAUGGGUUCCAUUGUGAAAUUGAUGAAUGCCAGACAGGUAUAUGUGGCACUGGAAUGGACUGUACCAAGUUACUUGGCUCCUAUCGCUGCUAUAAUCCUUGUGUAAGCCACACGGUGCUCGAUGAGCCCUGGAGAAGCACAGACAGAAAGUUCUCCUCAACCAAGAACUGUGAUAUUUCCAAGAACGGGUGGUAUCAGUUUGUUGGCAAUGGAGGUGUUCGUAUACCAGAAACCUGCAUACCCGAAGGUAGCUGUAGUACAGACUAUCCAGUGUGGAUGAAUGGAACACAUCCGGUCAUUACAGACGGCAUCGUGAGCCGCCCUGCUUGUGCCAAUUGGAAUGGAAACUGCUGUCGUUGGACAUCAACCAUACAGGUGAAAGCUUGUCCAUUGGGAUUCCAUGUGUACAAAUUAAUCAAAACUCCAGACUCAGAGUGCGCAUUGUCCUAUUGCACCGAUUCUCAUACAAAGACAUGUAAAGUGGAUGAGGAAUGGCAGAAAAGGGACAAAGGAUAUGGAUGUUUUUGCAAACCUCCGCAUAACAUUAACGAUUUGUCACAGGUGGUUCCUGAUCUGAUCUGCGGAUUGUACGACAUGAGAGCCGCCUUCCAUAAAUGUCAGUUUAAUGAUGCCGACAUUUACUUCAAUGAGAGUCAUGUGCUGAAUAACAGCAGAUUAACCUUCCUGGAUGACCCCGUCACAAAUACCUUCUCAAUCAUAGACAUUCUGGAAACCUACAAAUACGGACUUGUGGCCUAUGAAAAAAACAGCACCCAUGUCACAUAUAAGACUAUUAUCACCAUUGAAGUGGAGAAACCUGGUGCAAUAAUCAUAAGGAAAAAUCCAAUUUAUAUAACCCUACUAUGUGUCUAUCCAUUGGAUAUGAUGACAAGUCUGAAUAUAACUUUGAAACCUAUCCUCAGCUCUAUAAAUAUCACAGUUUUGGGGAUAGGACAGUUCGAAGUCAUCAUGGCUCUCUAUCAAGAUAGCGGCUACACAAAUCCAUACACAGGAUCAUCCCUUACCCUGUCUACAGAUAAAUUCCUGUAUGUCGGAGUGUUUGUUAGAGGAGGCACAUCAAAUUUUGUUCUGGUGAUGAAGAACUGCUACGCCACCCCAACAUCUGAUCCAAAUAACUCCCUGAAAUACUACAUCAUCCAAAACGGCUGUCCUAACAAGCAAGAUGGAACUAUAACUGUUGAAGAGAACGGUGUCUCCAGACAAGGACGGUUUUCUGUGCAAAUGUUCAAGUUUGUUGGAAAGGACUACAAUGAAGUGCAUCUACACUGUGCUGUCAGCCUGUGUGACACCAAUACUGGAUCUUGUAAACCUGUAAGUAAUUUCCAGCUAAAAAAAGGGUUAGAGGAGAUAAGUAGGCCGGUCUAG